AAAAAAAGAAAGCGAAAGCGAAAGCGAAAAAAAAAAAGAGCCGCUUUCUUCUCUCUCUCCUUUACGUAAAUGAAAUUAGUAUUAAAAUAUGAUACUGUUAAAUUAUGGUUUAUUAUUAUCGUUACUUUUUUAUGUUCAAAUACAGAAUAUAAAUGCAUUUUUAUCCGUGAUUAAUUGUUCUUGGCCAUGUCCUAACGCGGAUGAUAAGUGUGUGAUUACAGCUAAUAAUGCAGCUUGUAGAUAUCCAUCUAAAAAUAGUUGGAUAAUGAAUGCGACUAAUGAAUCACCUAUUUAUACUGGUGCGAGUGUUUCUCAUCCGUAUUUACCUUGUAUUCCGGCUCCUAUCCCACAGCUUCCUUUAGUAACUUAUAAUUCAACUGUAUUAACUCAAGGACAAACAAUUAUUGACUGGCCUACAUCAAGUCUAUAUAGACCACUGGAUAACUAUCUUGGUAAUUGUGAUCAUCAGCGACUUUAUUGUUCUUCUUUCGGUCAAGAUAUAAAGAAUCCUAUAUGCCGUCCAAGAUUAAAAGUUGGAUUAUCUUGUGCUUCAUCUAAUCAAUGUUUAUCAAGUUACUGUUAUAAUUACAUCUGUUCUCCGAGAGAUAAAAGUAAUUCGAGUGAAACUGAUAAUGAUAGCUCACCACAAAAUUUGGGUGAAUGGUCAGAUGAUGAUGAUCCAAGUAAGAGUACAAAGACAAUUCAAAUUUUUGCUUCUAUAUUUGGUAUCAUAGGUGGACUUGCUUUCAUUAUAGUUGGAAUUAUUAUCUAUAGUCGACAUAAAAAACGUAAAAAACAUAAAAAGACGACAGAUAAUAAAGUUCAUCAGUCUUCUUUACCAGUAAAUGAAUUAAUAACAACUGAAUCACAGCAGAAGAAUAAGGAAGAACAAUUUGAAUUUGAUUUUCUUUCUAAAGAACCCACUAUUAUAGACUUAAGCAGCAGCAGCAAUAGUAGUCGUGGCAAUAAUAAUGCCACUAUCAUGACUACAGAUUACAUAAAAAAAAAACUCCAAAAAGAGUGUUCUCAGCCUAUAGAUAGAUCUUAAGGUUUUGAUAUCCGAAUCUACUUGUAUCAUUAUUCAUUGUAAAUAAACAAAUAGUUAGUUAUAGAUACAUAUACAUUUUAUUUAUUUAUUUAUAUUAUAUACACAAAAAUAUAUUCAUUAUUAUCAUUAUUAUUAUUAUAUACAAAAUUCUAUUCUUUUUCUAUUUAAAACCAUGCUUUUCAAGUAUAAUUUUAAUUUCUU